AUGUUUUAUGUGCCGGAAACGUAUGAAAAUUCCCCAUCGACGAAGUCUGUAUCGUAUUUCGGUCCGUCAAUGGAUGGCUACCAUGUGCCGAUGCACGCCCACAACACGAUUCCGGGCGCGGGUUCCUCACCAGCCAACUAUUCGCAACCACCUCCACCGAUCCAGCAUGCUGCCGCACAUCCGGGCUAUCAACAGCAAGGUGUCCCUCAGCCACCUGUGGACACCUACGCUAGCGCUGUUCAACGGUCAGAGAAAGAAUUGGAGAUGAUGCGACAUCAGCUGGGUUCAGCGCUUCCAGAACGACCGAAAUCGUUUGACCCUAGUGUGCAGCAGUUACUCGCGACAAGACGGCUCGAUCAGUCUGCCCUUGUGAAUGUGAGUUUUCCCUGA